AUGUUUAAGAAACUUGAAAUAAACAUUCCAUUUUCUGAAGCUCUAGAACAAAUGCCAAUAUAUGUCAAAUUCAUGAAAGACAUCAUCUCCAAAAAGCACUCCACAAAUAUAGACCCGAUCAUCCUAACUGAAACGUGUAGUGUUAUUCUCCAAGGUAUGAAAAUUCCUAUGAAAAAGAAAGAUAGGGGAUUGGUUACUAUUCCUUGCACUAUUGGUGAUAGAAAAUUCAAGAAGACUCUUAUUGAUUUGGGAGAUAGUGUGAAUUUGAUGCCACUGUCCAUGUACAAAAAAUUAGGCCUUGGCACUAUUCAAGACACUAGGAUGACACUUCAGUUUGCUGAUCGCUCUGUCAGACGACCCUAUGGAAUAGUGGAAGAUGUUCUGGUAAAGAUAGAUAAGUUUUUAUUUUCGGUUGGCUUUGUCAUUCAGGAGAUGCCUGAAGAUGAGGAGAUUCCUCUCAUAUUGGGCAGACCAUUUUUAGAGACAGGACGGUGCAUGAUAAACAUAGAGGAAGGAACAAUGACUCUCAAAGUCUAUGACGAAGAACUGAAAAUUGAUGUGCGAAACACGAUGCAAUAUAAAGAUGAUAUUUGCACAAGCCACACUGUAGAGGUAAUAGAUCAAGUGGUUGCUCAAGAAAUUGAAAAGAAAAUGUUCCAAUCACCGUUAGAAUGUGUUUUGAGUUUAUCAACUUUUGAAAGUGAUGAAGACGAGGGAGAGUCAGAAGUCCUCGCUAUGAUGGAGGAACAACCUCGAUGGAUUAUAUAUAAACCACACCAGUGGGAAGAUUUAAGACCACCCCCACCAUCAAAAGACACUCAAGAACCUAAAAAGGGGGCAGAUCUAAAACAAUUAUCGACAAAUCUGAAAUAUGUGUUUUUUGAUGCUGAAAAGAAAUGCCCAGCUAUUAUCAAUGCCAGUUUAUAA